AUGGAUCAUCCAGUCAAGGAGAUCAAGACCGUCAUCCGGGACCUGGUCCAGGGAUCCCCAGAGAAGCAGCAGAAUGCCCUCUAUUCCAACUUCACCGAGGACGCCUCCUUCACCCACCCAUUCUGCCAUGUACCGUCCUUUGGCAACAUCCAGAUCCCGUUCCUCUUCACCAUCAACUCGCGUUGGUUGGUCCUCAUGAUUUACCGCUGGUACCGCAUCUUGAGCCCCAAUAUUGAAAUGGAGAUUGAGUCUUCUGUCCAAGACCAAAAAACAAACUUGCUCUACGUCAAGAUGCGCCAAGACUUCCGCCUGUGGUUCGUUCCCUUCUACUCGGCACCCGUCGACUUCGUCGUCGUCCUCCGCCUAGAGACCCGCACAAUCGACGCCAACGGCAACCCGUUACCUCGCGGCUACGGUGACGACGCCUCCGUCGGCACUCGCCAGCGCCAGUUCAUCGUCAGCCAGGAGGAUCACUACCAGGUCGGCGAGUGGCUCAAGUUCAUCGCUCCCUUCUUUGGGUACUGGGCCUGGCACGCCUGGACCCUCUUGGCAACUGCGAUGUGCGUUGUCGGCGCCUUCUUUGGAUAUCCUCUCACCUUGCUCUUUGGACAGAUGGCUCGGCCCAACAGUAACGGUAACGGGCAGGAGAGUAAGCGGGAGUAG